CCUGUGCUGUUCACUCGGGGAGUAAAUCAUGGCUGACAGUGAAGCAGGAGCAGCAGCAGCAGCAGCAGGGAUGGCUCACAGUUUCACUCAGGAGUAUUUUCAGAUCCCUGUGGUGACCCGAGCGUACACGACCGCCUGUGUCCUCACCACUGCUGCUGUGCAACUUGAGUUCAUCAGCCCAUUUCAGCUCUACUUUAACCCAGAGCUCAUCAUCAGGAGAUACCAGAUAUGGCGCCUGAUAACCAGCUUCCUGUUCUUCGGCUCUCUCGGAUUUAGUUUCGUGUUCAACAUCAUCUUUCUCUAUCGAUACUGUCGGAUGCUGGAGGAAGGCUGUUUUCGGGGCAGGACGGCGGACUUUGUUUUCAUGUUCCUGUUUGGAGGGAUCGUGAUCACUCUGUUCGGUCUGUUCGCCAACAUCUUCUUCCUGGGUCAGGCCUUUAUCAUCAUGCUGGUGUAUGUGUGGAGUAGAAGACAUCCGCUCAUACGUAUGAACUUCUUCGGCCUCCUGAACUUUCAGGCCCCGUUUCUUCCCUGGGUGCUCAUGGGAUUUUCAUUGCUGCUCGGGAACUCCAUCGUGGUCGACCUGCUUGGUAUCAGUGUCGGUCACAUGUACUAUUUCCUUGAAGAUGUGUUUCCAAACCAGCCGGGAGGAAGGAAGCUGCUGAUGACUCCAGAACUUCUACGGGCCAUGUUUGAUCGGCCAGAGGACCCAGACUACCGUCCCCUCCUGGAGGAGCAGCAGCAGGGUGGAGCCCUGCAGCCGAAUGGGGAGCAACACAACUGAGAGCCCAGAGAGCUGUGAAAAGUCAGACACAGACCGCCACAGGACUGUAAAGCUGUAUAGACUGAAUAUUUAGCUUUGUUCAGCGUAUUGUAACCACAGAGAUUUCAUUUGCCUUAACAAGAAAAAAGGACCAGAAAUGGAAGAACAAGCUGAAAACUUUUCACUAUGGAUGGACAUGGAGGGUCCACAGUUUGCUACACCAACAGCUUUACUCUGUACAUGUGCAGGUUUUAUACUUCACAGCAAACUGGUUGAGUGAGAUGAUGUGGAUGACGAGCUCAGUCAGAGGGACGCUGUAAUAAGGUCAACAGUAAGGAGACAUUGGUUAAAUGCCACAAUUGUUUGGGAUUUUUCUUACACUGAUGGCAAACAUACCACGUUGUCAUCAGUUAAUAUUUCACCUCAGUCUGCUCCACACAUGAUGCAGGAAAAGGAGAAAUGAGCACAAAUAUAAAACAAGAGCACCCAGAGUGCAACUCCCCCCGAAGGGCGAGGGAUAUACUGAAACAUUGUUUCAUGAAGUUUUUAUUCCAACAUGCUGAUGUCAGCCUGUUUUUCUUACAGUAUCAUGGCAUCAGCCUGUUGUAGCAUCGUUGUGACGUUGCAAGCGUCAUGUUGAAAAAAUAAAAAGCCUGUUGCACAGCU